AUGAGUGAUGACGAAAUAACAAUAAUGGAAGUAGACGAUGAACCAGUUGAACGAAAGCCACAAUCUUCUGCUUCCUCUGGAAAAGCUGCUCAUUUGCCUUGGAUAGAGAAGUAUCGGCCGCAAACGUUUGCGGAUAUCGUCGGAAAUGAGGAUACCGUAUCCCGUUUGGCUGUGUUCGCUAGGGCAGGCAACGCUCCUAAUAUCAUAAUAGCCGGUCCACCAGGAGUUGGAAAAACUACGACGAUACUGUGCCUAGCUCGUUCCCUCCUUGGUCCCGCAUUCAAAGAUGCCGUCCUCGAACUCAAUGCUUCCAACGACCGCGGAAUCGACAUCGUUAGAAACAAAAUUAAAAUGUUUGCACAACAAAAGGUUACACUUCCAUCUGGUAGACACAAAAUAGUGAUAUUGGAUGAAGCAGAUAGCAUGACUGAUGGAGCACAACAGGCAUUACGUCGUACUAUGGAGUUAUACUCUAGUACCACACGGUUUGCUCUCGCUGCUAAUAAUAGUGAGAAGAUAAUUGAACCUAUUCAGUCUCGUUGUGCUGUCCUGAGAUAUUCUCGUCUUUCUGAUGCACAGAUUUUGGCAAAGGUGGUGGAGGUUUGCAAGAAGGAGAACUUGUCAUAUACCGAAGAUGGUGUGUCAGCGGUGGUGUUUACGGCUCAGGGCGACCUGCGCGCCGCUCUGAACAAUCUGCAAUCGACUGCGCAGGGCUUUGGGCAUGUGAGCCCUGAACAUGUUUUCAAGGUGUGCGAUGAGCCUCACCCCAUGCUAGUUCGAAGCAUGUUAGAUUCUUGUCUGAAGCGGGACAUUCAUGAAGCAUACAAGGUGAUAGCAAAACUUGUUAAACUAGGAUACGCCGCUGAGGACAUUGUAAGUAAUAUAUUUCGCGUCGCGAAAACGCUUGAUGCGCCUGACGAAGUAAAGCUGAGACUCAUACGGGAGAUCGGGCUUACGCACAUGCGCGUAGCGGACGGGCUCUCCUCUCCAUUGCAGUUGGCCGCCUUGCUCGCGCGCAUGUGUGUUGUUGCAUGA